AUGAAGUAUCUACCUUUACCUCAGAUCGAACAGGUGUCGAACGCCUUGAACUUCGAUACUCCUGAUCUACACGUUGUCGGUGGAUGUGAUCUCUACAUUACGAAGGCAGCGUCGGACGAUCGCAAACUCUACAACAAGAUCGAACAGUCGCUGGAAUCGCAGUACGAGUCGCUCCUCAAAUUAUCCGCAUCCCUAUCACCCCCGAAGGCAUCCGCUCCGAAUAACCUUGCGCUUUCCCUGAACUUGUCGCGAUCCAGUCCAUUUGGUCCUCUCACCGAACAUUCAAGUCGUAGGACUUUUGCCUAUCUGAUCGCAACGUUGAAUGCGAGCCAUUCCGAUUACGACUAUAGCCAUGUCCUACGACCUACCGAUUUCCGCCGUGAGCGCAGUCUGAAGAAAGUCAUGAAUACCCUUGAUAUGACGCUGCACAAUUUGCGACCCCAUCUACGCGAUGAUGGAACACCAUCACCGCCAACUGACGCAUUUUCUGGUUCCUACAGUGCCAGUGAAGGCACAGCCUGGGGACCACGAAUGUGGAAACUCAUCGAUGAGGAGAUGUCGCUUAAUGACUGCGCGAUCUUUUCCUACUCGCCCGAAGACGACAUGAAUGAUGAUGACGACGGCGCAAUUUGGAGCCAUAACUAUUUCUUCUUCAACAAGCAGCGCAAACGUGUCUGUUACGUCUACCUGCGCGGUAUUCCAAUUAUGAGCCACGAUGAUGAUGAACUUAUGGAUAUGUGGGAAGAAGAUGGUGUUGCGACACCUAUCGGCAAGCGGGUUCCCGACGAUUCGUACUUGACACCGGAUGUCACUGCGAAGAAACGCCAGCGAUACUGGCUUGGUGACUUGGCCUCUGACGAUGACCCUAUCAGCUCCACUACUCGCCGCAAAGGUGCCGUACGCGCAAUGAGCGAAGAAAUGGUUGACUCCAUGGAGGUGUAG